AUGCGGGAAUAUAAAGUCGCCGUAUUGGGUGCUGGAGGUGUUGGCAAGUCCGCGCUCACCUCGCAGUACGUGCAAGGGGUUUUCCUUGAAGAGUACGACCCCACCAUCGAAGACUCUUACCGCAAGCAGACUGUUAUUGAUGAUCGCAGCUACGGCCUGGAGAUUCUAGAUACCGCUGGAAUCGAGCAGUUUACUGCCAUGCGAGAGCUCUACAUACGGAAUUCUGAAGGAUUUGUUCUGGCGUACUCGGUCACGGAUAGAAACUCUUUCGAGGAGCUCAAGUCGCUGCGCGAUCAAGUCGUGCGCCUCAAGGACAAUUUCAACGUCCCGAUGGUGCUUGUGGGUAACAAAUGUGACCUUGCCGAAACACGGGCUGUUUCGUUGGCCGAGGCUCAGCUUCUGGCCAAGCAGUGGGGCAACGCAUCGUUUUUCGAAACCUCUGCAAAGGAAUACCUUAAUAUUAAUGAAGCUUUUGAGUCUCUGGUUCGACAGCUUGCUCGACGAGACUCCGCAGUUGGGUCCUCGUUACGCAACCCCAGUAUCUCCGGUUCGUCGUUCGACAGCGUGCAAACAAGAAUACACCACCGGCCCUCGAAGCAAGUUUUAGCAGUCAAGAGAUCACUUGCUCGCCUGAAGGAGAAGAAAAGCAUUCGAAGAUUCACGUCAGUCAUGUCGUUCGCCCAUCUGAACGAAGCCUACCCCUCCCCUCCCCAGUCAACCUCCUCAUCUCCAAAUCUACAAGAAGUAGAUCACCUCGCUCAAGCCCCCGAAAUCCCAUAUGCUGCCGCACACAUCCCUGAAGAGCGCAGAGAACAGAAGCACAAAUCUCGACACAAGGCUUGUGUUGUAAUGUGA